AAAUUAAAUGCAUUUGUAACAUGUUAUAUAUAUAUAUUAAUUUUAUCUUUCUGCACUCCUUCUGAAUAUGAACUUUAUGCCACACAUCUCAGACACCUCUCUGCAUGCAUUGUGUUUAAAAAUUGUUUUUUCACAUAUCCAUAUAGGCCAGGGGUCUCCAAACUUUUCAGUCCGAGGGCCACAUUAACCAUUAAAUUUCAACUUGGGGGCCAGUUUCUUCCAGCAUUACUGAGACGGCAAACAAAAAACAGUCAAGCAAAGAUGUAAAAGAACUUAUCUCCACAUACAACAAUAUUGAGGGUAAAUAACAACAGACAUAUUUCAAUAAAAUGGAGUUUUCCAUUGAAGUUAAACCAGAUGUCAGAAAUAUUUCUUCUAUCCCUUUACAGUCUAUAAGUGACUCAAAGGAUCUAAAUAAGUCAGAAAUGGAUGCUUAUAACGCCAUUCCUUUUAACCAAGUACAUUCUAAGGACCUAUAUACUAGUAUUGAAACUGUUGCUCACAGAAGGAAACUCAAGAAUGGCCAAACUUUCUCUUGCGACUUGUGCAACAAACGAUAUAUUUCAACGAAAUGUUUUGAAACACAUCUGAUGCAGCACUUAUCUGAAACUCCACUAAUUAGCUUAGCUCGGAUAGAAUCCAUUUUAGAUUGCAAAAGCAAAAGGAAGGAUGAACGUGGGAAAAGAAAAAUUGGAUGUAAAAAAAUUAAGGCUAUUAAAAUAAAGCCCCCUUGCAUUUGUGAUGUUUGUGGUAAAUCAUUUAAAUUUAAAUCUUGUUUGCGAAUUCAUUAUACCAAACAUACAAAACUGAAGAAGUAUCAUUGUUAUGAUUGUGGCAAAGCAUUUGUUAGUAAGGGUUAUUUAAAGAAACAUCAUGUUUUGCACUCAAUUUACAGUAACUCUUUGAAAAGUGGUCUUCCUGUUGUUUGCAACUUGUGUAACAAACAUUUUUUAAAAAUGGAUAAUAUAAAACAUCAUAUGUAUUAUCAUUUAAGAGGGAAGCUUCAUUCUAAAAUUUCUCAAGAAAAGUCUUUACAGAAAAGUAGAAGGAAAAAGCCCUGCAUUUGUGAUAUUUGUGGAAAAGUAUGUUCUUGCAAAAGCCUUUUAAAACAGCAUUAUGUUGUACACACAAAAAUGAAGCUUUAUCUUUGUGAUGUAUGUGGUAGAUCUUAUGCUUCAAAAGAAUAUUUGAAUCGACAUUAUAAACAGCAUACAAGCAAGAAAGAACACGCCUGUGAGGAUUGUGGAUUAUCUUUUCACAGCAAAAUUAUUUUAAAUAAACAUCGCCUGUCGCAUGUUAAAGUGAAAGCUCACAAAUGUAAUGAGUGUGGUAAAUCAUUUACUGUUAAAAAUUAUUUACAACGUCAUUAUCACCGUGUCCAUUCAAAAGAUGGUCUUUUUCCAUGUGAACAUUGCAACAAAUCAUUCUCUUUGAAAAGUUUCUUAACUCGGCAUUUACCUGUGCAUACAAAAGCAAAACCUUUUUUUUGUACUAUUUGUGGGAUAUUAUUUAAACGUAAAUCCAGCUUGGGUGACCAUUUACUUCGUCAUAAGAGAAGAAAUCAAAUGCCUAUUGAUUGAUGUUUUAAGUAAUUUUUUUCAAGCUGUCACACCAUCUGCUAAAGCUUUUUUAAAGAUAUUUUUGAGUUGUUGUAUUCUUCUUAUUCUUGUGGUAAAUUAAUUAUUUAAACAGUUAGUGACAUAGCCUUGUGUAAAAAAAAUUGUUAAGAAGAAGUCACCAUCUUGCUUGUUUACUUUCAAAUUGUGUGACAAAGUUUGCUGACCAGAACAUAGUAUAAUUUUUUCCCAGUAGAUAAACUGGUCUUCUCACUCUGCAUGUUUUUAUAGCAAAUCAUUUUUCAUUUGAAUUUGGGCUUUGCAGCUAAUAAUUUUCUUUCAACAGCUAUUUUUUUAAAUGCAAAUUAGAUAAAUUUAUAAAAUAUUGUUGUUUACACUAGUUAACUACAGUGUAAAAGAAUUAGGUUAAAAAAAAAAACAAUAAAAUUGUGAUCAUAACGAGGAAGAUUAAGCUGGUUGGUUUUGUUGAAGCGAGAGACAGUAAGGUUGGUGAUUGGUGAGAGUGUACAUGAUUGUGUUAAUUAAUUUGCUGUUGUGGUCAUAAUAAUACUUUGAACUUGUUAUGUUAUUGUCACACUAAUCAAUAGAACAUUUUUUUGUAUGGAAAAGAAUUUUUUGAACAGUUGUUUAAAAAAAAUUGUUAUUGCUCCAAUAGAGAAUGUAGGUUUUUCCUGCUGACGUGAUUGUGUCUGCAAAGAUGGUUAGGGUUGGGUUAGAGAAUGAUAGUAGUUAAUAGAAACGUUAGUAUUCCCUUGAGGGCUAAAACAAAUGUACUGAAAUGAUGUGUUACACUUUUUAAAUUGUCUUUCUUGCAUGUUUCAUGCCCUGGUUUUUUUAAAUGACAACACUGGUUUAUUUUUCUAUGAAUGUGACUUUCUAAUCCACUUUUUAAUAUUGUUAGUUCAAACGACUUUUUAUCCUACUUUUAGGUGAAGUUAAAUGCUUAGAUAUUAAUUAAAUGCAAAAAUUAUUAUAUUGUUUAGAUAUGUUAAAUCCAUAAAUGACGUCAUGCUUUUUUGAAAAUUUUUACCUCCUCUCCCCUCUGACAUCGUCACAAAA